UUCGUGGGAGUUUUGCUUUGGUGUGAAUCAGUGAAUCAAAGAGUCAAAUUCCAGCAGCGGACGUCACAGAAACUCCUUCACAACACGCCGCGUAACGGGACAAAGUGCGGCUGCAAUCCGGCUCUCGUCUGCUUUCUGACAACCAUGUGCCGUGGCUUCAUUUUUCCAGUGGACAAUGGGAGAAAAAAACAACAACAAAACAAAGAACUUUGAAAUAUUUACUAUGAAUUAAACAGAGGAACACAAACGCGAGCUUUCUUCGUUUCCCUCUCGCAGGAAACUCGCCAUUUGCUUCCCAGAGUUGGAUUUUUUGUUGAUCUGUUUUAUUCAAGCGUCGAUUAAGAUUACAUAUCUGACAACCCCGGACUUUAAGUGGAUAGCGUAAACAAACAAUACAUAUUUCUGAAGGAAAGUGAACGCGUUCGGUUCACGCGUAAAGGCGCACGCGACGCGCGCGGGGUUUGGAGUUUAACUGACCGCAACUAGUUCCGUGGAUUUACCUGUUUUAACCCGUCAUGAUGUUCGCGGGAAUGAUCAGGGUGGAAAACAGCUCAAAAACACCCAAAAUUGACACCGACUCCACGUGUCACCGCUGCGCUGUGAGGGCAGGUGGUGCGAGUCCGACCGCUGCAGCGGGAAGCCAUCGCAGACGGCCGGGAUACAUGCGCUCAGAGCCGCUUAACCAGUCAUGUGACUCUGAACGAGAACGUUCCAAAAAUCCCGUUUCUGGCUCGCCUACUAAUGAGAACACUCGAAAGAGCACUUCGAAAUUACCCAGCAGCCCCAGUGAGCAAUGGCUUAAGGAUGUUUUCGAGAGAGACGACAGCCAGGAUUCUUCCAAAACGCACUGUUUGCGUGACGGUGUUGCGGAGGAAAAUUCCUCAAUGCCAUCACGCAACGUUUUUAAUUCGAGCUUCAGUUUCAUUCAGCAGUCGCUAGAAACUAGCGAUCUAUUAGAUGCGAGCACAAACAAAUCUGUGUGUAAACAGUCUGAAUGGGACCGACUGAAGUGUGAAACGUCUGAAACGUCAAAUUCGGGUGCUUUAAAACCUCACACUGCUUUAGUAAAUCACUUGAGCCAAUCAGAGAUCAGCACUGUUCCAACUAGCCAAUCAGAACAUGAGGUUUUCUCAUUAAGCAAUUUGCCUUGCUCGAUUGGUCAGUCGGUGCAACAGAAAGGGCUGUUAUUGGACCGAGAGCUGUGGCUAAUGGAUCUAGACAUACCCUGGCAACGGGACAGACAGAUUUCGUCCUCCAUGGCGUUUUAUGCGAAAGAAAGCGUCCAGGACUCAGACUCUGGCUCUCUGGACACUGAAGUCACGUCCUCGCUCUCGAUUGACUCGUCAGACUCGACCUCGGCCUCAUCGGUCACGUCUGGCUAUGACAGUGCAACCCCGUCCUCAGAUCAGAGUCGGGACGGCCUGAUAAAGAAGUACGAGGAUGUUCUGCAAGACUGUCUGCAGAGCAAUCGCACAAACACCAAGAUCAAGUCCAUAAUGAUGAAGCUUCAGAGAUUACAGCACAAAGCGGUUCUGGAUGAUGACUAUGACACAGCUGAGCGUUUUGGUAAGAAACUAGAGGAACUGAGGAGAGAGCGAGCCACGCUCAAGCCUGGUUUGCCGUCCAGACAUCCGGAGCUCACUGGAUUUCUGGAGCGUCUCAGGACGGCCGUUCACAGCGUCAUCCACAGGACAGACACACACUGCAGGCAAAAUGGUGAAUUGAGUGACGAUCAGGGAUCAGGCAGCUCUCAGAGUCAACCUCGAACACGAGAGAAGCUGUUAGAGGAGAAACAGAGGAUUCAGAAGGAGAUGUGUGGUCUUCAGCGGAGGCUGGAGGAGCUGCGGGAGCAGAGCAGAGCUGUGGAGGAGCAGCUGGAGCUGGAGGAGCCCGUCCUGAGAGCCUGCGAUUCGACUCAGCUGCGGCUGAUGGGUCGAGUGUUGGAGGACAUGAUCACCUCUGAACACCGGGCCCAGAUCAGCGUGUCUCCACCCGCGGAGAUCAUCAGACUUCAGGAGCAAGAACGAGCGCUGAGUUUAUCUGUCAAAGAGGCAACAGCUAAAGUGGUGAUGGGUCAGAGACUGGGCUCUAGUCUGCGCCGGAAGGUCAGCGAGAGUGAAGCGCAGCUGCUGGCCCUUCAUGAGGCGAAGCUCGUGGCCAUCUCAGGUACCUCUGCGCUCUUUCUGUGCUCAUCUGAACCCAAUGAUGAGAUAAAAAGUAAUAUAAGUAGGCAGCAGCGUCUGGAGGGGCUGAAGAGGAAGCUGCAGGCACUGGGCGCAGGAAGUGGACGGGAUCUGAGCCGCAUGAAGGAGCAACACAACCAGAUCAAACUGGAGCUGCAGGAGAGAGAAGCCCAGUAUGAGCGCAGUUUAAAGGAGAGCACUCUGAAGUAUAUUGAGCUUCUGGAGGACAGACUUCACAGCUGUGGAAGUCCAGUGCUAGAACACAUUUGGGAGGCUGAUUUGGAGGCUUGUCAUCUGCUCCUGAAAGGCCUCGAUCAGCGCACAUCCAGCAUCUCCGAAACUGAGGAUCUGCCCUCCGUCCCUGGAUCGGCUUCAGAUGUCCUGAUGUUCAGUAAAGAGGAAGCGGACUGCGCCAUGUUGACCGCUCUAGGGGGCCGCUGGUGUCCCAAGGCCGACCUCCAACACUCAGAGUUCACUAAGAAAUUAGAGGAGUUUCUCUUCUGUUUGGAGGACGCGUCUCCUGAGGAUCUGUGUGAAGAGACGACAGAGCUGACGGAGCGCUGUGAACUCAUCAGUGAGCGACUGCAUUACCUGGAAGACCAGCUUCAGACCGCCAUAGACCACCACGACAAGGACCUCACUCUAUCUUUAGAGAAAGAGGUUCAGGAAGUGAAGGCUGCUCUUCAAGCGAUGCUGUCACAGCUGAAGGAGGAAGAGGAUGAGGAGGAAGAGGAUGAAGAGAAGUAUUGUGAUGUAGAAGAUGAGCAGGUUGAAGAUGAAGAGCUAGAAGAGGAACAUUACUUUAGUGACAGCUGGGAAAUCUGAACAGACUCAUGAUUUAUAUUUAGGUGCCUGUGAAAGUCUGUUUUCAUACUGUCAUCUUGCACUGAGCUCUAGCACUUAAAGAGAAUAGUUCAUCUUUUUCUACUUUCAUCUACUUGCCCACAUGUAAUUUCAAAAGCAUUUGCCCUAUGUUUACUCUAUGCUACGUUUUAGUCUUUUGUUGAGGUUGCCAGUACAAACCACUAUCCACUAGGGCUGUAAAAAAAAAAAUUUAAUUUCGAAUGUUCGCCGAAUAAAAAAAAAAAAUACACAUUCGAAUGCAAAAACGUUGAUCUAGAGGGACGUCUAUCAGCAUUGCACUCGUGUCUCGCACAAGAGAGCGGCAUGUUUAGAAAGCCAUGUAAAAUUAAUGCAAGUUCAACUUUUA